GAGCAGAGGGGGGGAUAGAUGGAGACAAACAAGGGAAGCUGACAAAAAAAAUAUUAAAAGCUUCCCCUGCCCCCUCAUCCAUCUCUGGGGAACAAGGGAAUACGGCAACGGAUACAAGCCAGGGAGAGAAGGACCAAGAGAGAGAGAGAGAGACCUAGAGAGAGUGAGACUGUUGAAUGAACUUGGCCAUUAUAUUCUAGGGAGAUACAAAUAUUGCUUUAUCAGACAGUCUGAGAGAGAGAGAGAAGAAGAAGAGACUGUGGAGGACAAAAGAUGAGGGAGAGGGUUUCUUCAAAAUCGUUUUUUUAGAGGAAGAGAAGAGAAAGCAUAAGGGGGGGUUUUGGAGAGAGAGAAGCGAAAGAGGAGGGAGGGGAAUUAAUUAACUUAGAGACUUCUAAGGGCUGUGGAGAUGUUUUUCCUUUCUUGAGAAAAAUAAUCGUACCAAAAUAAGAACAUAAAACGUCUUAACAUCUAAACAUUGUUGAUUCUCUAAAUGUUGUUUUUUCACCCUGCAAGUGAGCACUGAAAAGCAUAUGCGUGAAGAAAUCUGAUGGACGCGACUGAGAUGGAUGGACAAAGGCAAGACAGAGAAUUCUGACAUGGUGUCGACCCAUAUUGACAGAGACAAAGUGUGGAGAGGAAGGAGUGGGAUAUUCAGUGACAGACACAUCUACCACCAGACACAGGUACACUCUGAUCAAUAUUAAGAUCAAUCAAAAUAUCCAUCAUCAUCAUCACAGAUUAUAUAUAUCCUGAUACAUCAUUUAUCAGCCUUUAUUGCUUCUAGACCUCAGUGUGGAGUGCUGUUCUAUCAUAUUGCUGUUUGUUUAUAUUCUACUCUAUACAUUACAACACCAUUUAUCAAAUAAUUUCAAGCUAUUAUUGUAAGCUAAUAAUCUUUGCUAAUUUUGUUAUUAUAAAUGAUCACUAAUAACUAUCAUUGUAAUAAUAUUUGUUCAUAGGGCACAUGUACGAAUUGCUGUUAUUGGAUGAAAAGCAAAUUCCUUCCUCUUUACAUUAGUGGAAAAUUAUUUUAUGCCUCCAAAAAUAUAAACAGUCCUCUCCUCCUUAACAGCAUAUCUGCUCUGUUUAAAAACAUUGAAAUAUCAGAAUAUACCAAAACAUCUCUUUUGAAUAAUAUCUAAUACCAUUUACCAACAUUUUUCCUAUUACAGAUGUUUAGUAACAAUUAUAUUGUUCUUGAAAUAUGUGCCAUCUUCAGUGGCAAAGUGGACAUUAUAAAAGGGACAGGGGACAGACACCGUAAGUGCACAAAAACCCCUGGCUGUCAGAAUCAGAGGCUGGGACGAGAGGAGAGAGCAUUAUUCAGCUUUAGCUGUUCUCCCUGAACAACUGUGCCUGUCGACCGCUUUACAAAGUCUAUGUGUGACAAGCUUUUGCACAGUGAAGGAGAAAAGCUUUUGCACAGACACAUGAAAAGGGAAGUGGAACUCAAGAAGAAGGACCAACUGUGCAACCUAGAUAAGCAGAAGUAGAGUGACCACAGGUGAUAGACUGGAGAGUGGAGCAGGAAUUUUUUCUUCCAGAACUUCAGCUCCUCACCUGGACAAUACGGGCUCUCAAUACAACGUGAGAGGGAGGGAAGUCAGAGUGUCAGGGGGAGGGAGAGGAAGAACAGACAAUAACCUCCUGAGAAAAAGGAGGGAUAGUCAGCAAUAGAGAGAGAGAGGAGGGGAAAGUCCCCCUCUCUCGACCCAUCUCAUCGUCAGGCUGGCUGGUGCAGCCAUGGCGUUCACCUUCGCGGCCUUCUGCUACAUGCUCACCUUAGUGCUGUGUGCUGCACUCAUCUUCUUCGUCAUCUGGCAGAUUAUUGCGUUUGACGAGCUGCGCACAGACUUCAAGAACCCAAUCGAUCAGAGCAACCCCACCAGAGCGAGGGAAAGAAUUCUGAAUAUUGAAAGAAUCUGCAACUUGCUGCGGAAGCUGGUGGUGCCAGAAUACUCCAUCCAUGGGCUGUUCUGCCUGAUGUUCAUGUGUGCUGGAGAGUGGGUCACCCUGGGCCUAAACAUCCCCCUGCUCUUCUACCAUCUCUGGAGGUUUUUCCAUCGGCCAGCAGACGGGUCAGAGGUCAUGUAUGAUCCUGUCAGUGUGAUGAAUGCUGACAUCCUGAACUACUGUCAGAAGGAGUCUUGGUGUAAGAUGGGCUUCUACCUGCUCUCCUUCUUCUACUACCUGUACAGUAUGGUCUAUGCCUUGGUGAGUUUCUAAACACUGAAUAGAAGACAAAGAGGAGAUUGAAAGACAGAAAAAGAGAAAGAGCAAGACUAAGACUGGGUGAUGUCACUCAACCCUCUUUCUCACCACCCAUUACUCCAUCACAGACCAUGUGUUGCUCUCCUCAAAUCUUUGGAAGACAUUGGGAGGAAAUAAGGCAAAGCAAAGAGAUGUUGUUGAGCCUGUUCAAGACUGCCAUCCGUAUAGAAGAGGAGGAGCAGACAUAUAGGAGCCACAAAAGAGGAGGAAGUGUACGUGUUGCCUUGAUCUGAGCACAUCACCUCUUAGGACCUGCAGGUCUCCUAUUCUUGGUGAUACAGUCACUCAACUGUGAAUUUAUAAACUUUGUGUUGCCUAAGUCCUAACAUAGAUGUUGCAGAUUCAUACGUCAAUAUCCUUCCAUUCCAAUAAACCUUUUUAGAAAGGAAACGACAAAAUGCACAACACGUAUUUAGUUCUUCUACCGAUUUGGUAUUUCGAUAAUUCAGUAGUUGUGGUAGAUAAUUUUCUGAGGAUAUGAAUAGUUAGUUGUUUAGUCAGAUAAAUACACCAUUCAAUUCUACUAUUUCGAACCAGAGUGAUAGUAAUUGUGUUAUUCACAAAUAUAAAAUGUAUGAACUCAUAAAUUACUUGCGAUGGGCAUAAGCUUCUGCGAAGGAUCGCGGAUACCCUGGAGCAGUGUUUUAGUCUAGGUCCAUCCCAGUCAAGGCAGUAUCUUCCAGACCCCAGUCUCUGCCCAGGGAAAACAGGCGCAUUUCAUUCCAACUGAAAAUUAUUCCGGCUUGAAGGGGAUGUUUUGGCUCUGGGUGAAUUGGUACUUGGGUGUUUAAGUAUUCUGUGUUUGUCUGUUCUGUUCUAGGCUGGAAGGGCUGAUUUCACCUAGACUUUCCAAAGAGCUCUGUGCUCCGUGAUUCUAGAUCAUAGAAACCUCAUUCAAGAAAAGCAAUUUAAAUUCACAACAACAGCAAUGUGAUCAUAGUCUAGGAGAGAUUACUGUACAUGGGAUCGUAUUUCCUCUGUGGAAUAAUACUGUGUGUGACACAAGUAGCAGACGAGGCUGCUGAAGAUGAUGUUGAUAGAUAGGUUUGCUAUGAUGACUAUGUCAAGCGCAGUAAACCGUCUCACAUUGAACAGUAUGGUGGGACUUACAUAACUGUUCUCACUCAAGUGUUACAGUGAAUGUUGGCAGACACUUGACUCUUGGUUCAUUUCAAAGCCGUGACUUAGCUAGUGCUGCCCUCAUCAUCAUGUAUCCAUAGCUCUAUGUGUAGAUCAUUGAUAAUGAUCUAACUGUGUGAUUUUAAAAUUAUUAGAGAAAUGGGUAAUACUGGAACUUUUAAAAUACUGUGUGAUAAUUUGUUUACCAUAAACUCACCAUAAUUGUAGUAAUUAAUUGUUUACGACAAGUCUGAUAGGGUUCAUGUUGACAUCUGAACACACAUAGCGCCCUGCAUUAUAAUGGAGUAAUGUGUCAAUAUUGUUCAGCUAGGUUUCUUGUGCCAAAACACAUACAGUAUGUUUGUUCAUCAUGACAGUUCCCUCCUAAACAGGACAACAACCCCUCAACCCUGACAACAUUGUUAGUCAAUCACAGACAAUCGCUAAAGCACAAAACGGGGGGUCACAGAGGAGGGGAAAUAUAGGCUAGGUUGACCAUCAAUGAAUGUCAUAAUGCAGUUUACCAGAAUGAAUGAAUGAAUAUAUAUUGAAGAAUAACUAUUUGAUACUGUCUUUUACACAUCUCUCAUCACUGUAUGCUAUAUUUGUUGGUGCGCUAGUUUGUAUUCAUUAGAAUACAAUAUGAUAUACAGUACACAAACAGCAAUUCACAUAUUCUAAUAAAAUAGCAAUGUGUUACAAUAUUAUAUGGUACAACAAUUAUGUUCAUAUAUAUAUAUAUUGUUAAUCAUUUGAUUUGGGGGGUCCAGUAGUGGUGCACUGGGUGUUCAUA